CCAUUAAACGAAAACUCUUUCUUCUUUCUUCUGCUCGAUAAUUUUAUGAAAAGCUACGGAAUCACUCUCCGCCGUACGAUUUGAAAAGUUUCUGAAUCAAGCAGAGUAUUCUCAAUGCAGAGAACCAUCUCUCUUGCCGCUGCUAAGUCUUCUUCUUCUUCUUCUUCUUCUUCUGUUCUAUCUCUUCGUCCUCUCAUGGCUAAGUUGCAGUGCAGGGCGAUUCAGAAUUUCCCAGCUUGCUCUUCCUCUUCAGUAGCUCGGGUCGAUAGAGUAUAUAGAAAUGUAUCUCAGCUUCAGUUUAAAAGGGAAACUGCAAGUUGUCUUAAGUUAGCUUCUGCACUUCCUUCGCAUCUAAGUCUUCUUGGUUCCCUUAGUUAUGCAGCACACUGGAGCACUUCGACUUCUAGGUGCUUUGGAAAUAGUUUCAGACCGUUGACGAGGAGAUAUCUUUCUCAAGUCCUUAAUACUGGAACUAAGGAUAGCGUUGUUGGUGGUGUUGAAAAGUUUGGUGAGAAUAAAAUAGGUUUCAAGAAAUUUAAUAAGAAGUGGAAGAAGCAUAAGGUUUUGGCUUCCACAAAAGCUGAAGUGGUGGCUUCUACUGAAUCAGUUGCUGGAGAUGUUAACAAUGGCAUCAAGGUGGAACUUUCAACUGUAUCUUCACCUGCUAGCAAUGCUAAGCAAGCCUCUACUGUCAAAACAAAACAGCGGCCAAAGAUCAAGAAAGUCCAAGAUAAAUCUUCAUCAACGGAAUCGAUUUUGGAGGCUGUCCCUGUAGAAGAGAGUUUGAAAAGUGGUCCCAAGCCAAGACAUUCUGGUUCCAGGAAUCGGAAUUCUUCAUCUGCUGAGAAGGAGGUGGCAACAAAUCCUACUGUGGAGGGGCCCAAAAGUUCUACUCCAUCAAAUUCCAAGUCGGAACAACAGCAUUGGAACUCAACAAAAGCAGGCAAUGCACAAAAACAGGAGCUAGGUGGGAAAUAUUCUUCUCAACUCCCCAAUACUGGAACUAAGGAUAACAUCGUUGGUGGCGAUGACAAGGCUGGUGGAAAUAAAUUAGGUUUCAAGAAAUUUAAUAAGACCCGAAAGAAGCUUAAUGUCUUGGCUUCCUCGGAAGCUGAAGUGAUGACUUCUAUUGAACCAGUUAUUGGUGAUGGUAGCAGUGGCAUCAAGGUGGAACUAUCUUCUGCAGCGUCACCUGCUAGUAGUGGUAAUCAAGUCACUACUAUCAAAACAAAACGGCCCCCUAAAAGCAAGAAAGCCGAAGAUAAAUCUUCUUCAGUUGUACCAGUUUUGGAGGCGGACUCUCUUGAAGAGAGUCCGAAAAGUGUUCUCAAGCCAAAACAUUCUGGUUCUGGAAAUCGGAAGUCGUCAUCUGCUACGAAGGAGGUGGCAAAAAAUCCCACUGUGGAGGAGCCCAGAAUUCCUGCUCCAUCAAAUUCCAAGUCGAAAAAACCGCAUAAAGCAAGCAAUGCACCUAAACAGAAGCUGGUCCCUCAACACAUGAAGAACACCAUAGAGCAUCGAGGUCAAAAUGCAUCUAAACCGCUUUAUCCGCCAAGUGGAAAAUCUGUUAUUGUCGUUGAGUCAGUCACAAAAGCAAAGAUUAUUCAGGGUUAUCUUGGUGACAUGUAUGAGGUUUUGCCAAGUUAUGGUCAUAUCAGGGACCUGGCCGCAAGGUCUGGUUCAGUGAGGCCAGAUGAUGAUUUUAGCAUGGUUUGGGAAGUUCCAUCUUCUGCCUGGACUCAUAUUAAGAGCAUAAAAGUGGCAUUAAAUGGAGCUGAAAAUUUGAUUCUUGCGUCGGAUCCAGAUCGUNGGUGGAACUAUCUUCUGCAGCGUCACCUGCUAGUAGUGUUUGUUCCGUUUUUCAUUUGUUUUUGUUCCCAUCAGAUAGCUGAUGAAGCUAUCAAAGAUAUACAGUCCUUGGUGACAGAAAGGUAUGGGAAGAAUUAUACAUCAGAUAGUCCUCGUAAAUAUUUCAAAAAGGUUAAGAACGCUCAGGAGGCCCAUGAAGCUAUUAGACCUACCGAUAUACGUAGAUUACCGUCAAUGAUUGCUAGCCUGCUUGACGCUGAUUCUUUAAAACUAUAUACCUUGAUAUGGUCACGAGCUGUAGCAUGUCAGAUGGAGCCUGCUUCCAUUGCGCAGAUACAACUUGAUAUUGGAAAUGCCUCUGAAUCCAUUAUCUUCAGAUCAUCAUGCUCAAAAGUCGAAUUCCUUGGAUACCAGGCAGUUUACGAGGAUCCUGAAGCUAAAGCAAUCAAAAAUAAAGAUGAGGAUCAGAAUAGAGAGCGUGAAGAAACUUUUGAAACUCUCAGUUUGUUAAAGGAUGGGGAUCUGCUACAUAUUGGUGAAGUGGAGCUCAAGCAGCACUAUACUCAGCACUCACAACGCUAUUCUGAGGGGUCUCUGAUUAAAAAGCUCGAGGAGCUCGGGAUAGGUAGACCCUCGACGUAUGCAUCUAUAUUUAGAGUUUUACAGGACAGAAAAUACCUAACAAUAAAGAGUAGAGCCUUGUAUCCGGAAUUCCGUGGGAGGAUGGUUUCAGCUUUUCUUAGCAACUACUUCACUGAGAUCACAGACUAUAGCUUUACUGCUGAUAUGGAGACUGAGCUUGAUAACGUUUCUGGUGGUGUAACUGAAUGGAAAGGUCUCCUAAGAGACUACUGGACACGAUUCAGUGCGUAUUGUAAACGUGUUGAAAAUGUCCAACGCCCACAGGUGGAGAAAAUGUUGGAAAAAAAAUAUGAGGACUUUCUGUUUUCUUUCCUUCCUGGUCCCAGUAGGACAUGCCCAAGUUGUAUGGAAGGCACCUUAAGUUUCAAAGUAAGUAAGUUUGGUACGGGGUAUUUCAUCGGUUGUGAUCAUUACCCUUCAUGCAAGUUCGUUGCUAGAACGCUUUAUGGAGAGGAUGAAGAUGAAGAUGAUCCUCCCAAGAGUACCUGCGUAGAAGAGCCCAAAUUGCUGGGUCUUCAUCCCAAUACCAGUGAAAAGGUUAUUUUGAAAUGUGGCCCCUAUGGGCAUUAUGUACAGCUCGGUGAAGAUAAAAAAGGGCACUUACCAAAACGAGCAAAUGCAUCCCAUAUUAAGGAUUUAGACUCCAUUACGCUUGAAAAUGCUCUUGAAUUAUUACGCUAUCCUCUGACACUGGGAACCCACCCUGACGAUGGACAGCUUGUGCAUUUGAGGCUUAGUAAAUCAGGAUUUACUGUUAAACAUCGCCGCACGAUGGCUACUGUUCCAAAGAACAUGGAACCAGGUGAUGUUACUUUAGAGAAAGCAAUAAAGCUCUUGAAUGGCAAAAAUGCGAGAAAGAGUGGCAGACCACUUAAUAAGAGUAUCCCGUCUGAGGAAGAGAAAGGAGAUGAAGAAGUUGUGGAAGCGAUGUAAUCUAAUCCACAACGUGCCGCAUGCGAAUAAACAAUUGGUUCGUGAGCUUUACAUAGAUGGAGAAGAGCAUUAGCUUUGACGAAGACUAUUUUAUUCUUUUUGGUAAUCAGAGUAAUAAUGGUAACAGAAAAGAUGGGACAUUGAUGUAAAAUCAUUACAAAUUUAUUAAUGAUAUAAAAGUAUCCAUUCGUUUUAA